AAGCAGAAAGCAAAAGAAACAACAACAAACAAGUAAAAGAUACACGUGCAUCUAACAACUACUGUUUAAGAUGAAAGAAGACAACAAAAGAAAACGCAAAACAAGACCUAUGAAUGCAAGCACAUAAAUGUCAAAAUAAUAAAACAACAAAAAAAUUAAAGCAAAUAUCUUCGAAAUACAAAAACAAUGAGAACAAAAAAUUAAAAAAAAAAAAACGUUAAACAGCAGCCGCGUUAAAAACUCAACUAGAAUAGAAAAAAGAACGAUGAUAAAAUAAGAUCGGUUCACAACUAAAAAAAUAAAGAAACGCAAAAUUAAAAGCAAUACAAAUAAAAUAGAAAAAAUUUAUUCGCUAAAUAAACGUCAAAUAAACCGCGUGUUCGUUCGGCUAAAAUAUAAAUCAAAAUUGCAAAAAGUGCAUUUUACACAAGUAAAUUUUGUUAUCACUUGUUAACAACAGAAAAUUUAUGAAAAUAUUAAGUUUAUUAAAGUCCCUUUAUAAAUUCCAACAUAAAGCAGAGCAAAAAAGUCUUUAGGUUUAAAGUGUUAAAUUUAAGUUAUCAAAAAAAUACAAGCCGGUUGGCUGCAAUUAAAAUAAGUGCAAGUUUAUUUUGAAAAGAAAAAGAAUCCUAUUGAAAAAUUAAAAUGUUGGAAAAUAGUAUUUUACGUUAUUGUUUAUACGGUUCAUGUGUCAUUAUCUCCUCUGAAAUAUUGUAUCAUUCCUAUUAUUGGCUUAAGAAAAAGCUAGAGCAACAUUCGUCUGCCCAAGAAGUGCAUGAGGUCAUUUGGACCAAUGAGUUAACACAGUCCUGUGCUGCUCGACAUCGUUUUAACAGCACAAGUGGUGCCUCACCUUCAUCAACGCCCACCAGUGUUUCCUCGUCGGUUAUGUCGUCACAAGGUCGUAUUGUUAAACUGCCCACUUCACAAAAAACGGCCGCGAAAUGUCCUAAUCCUUUUUGUGCCGCGUACAAUGUCGGUCGUUUAAUAGAGUUUGUCGAUUCGGCUAAAUACUCCAUCGAUUUGGCCAUGUACACAUUUACAUCGUUUGAAUUGUCGCAGGCAUUUAUUCGUGCUCUUAAACGUGGUGUUUUAAUUCGUAUUAUAAGCGAUAAAGAAAUGGCCUAUUCCAGUGGUUCACAAAUCGUAUCACUAACAAAAGCUGGUGUUCCCAUACGCUGCAACACCAACACCAUGUUUAUGCAUCAUAAAUUUUGCAUUCUAGACAGUCCGCUACGCGUUGCCGCCAUUCACAAAAAACAAAAUAAAUCCUUUGACAAAGGUCAAAACAGAAGUAUUCUAAUGACUGGCUCCCUCAAUUGGACCAUGCAAGGUUUUGGCGGCAAUUGGGAAAAUAUUUUAAUAACCAGCAAUUUCGAAUAUAUAAACAAAUAUUCCCAGGAAUUUGAACGCAUGUGGCAUGUGUUUGAUGUGGAUUUAAAAGUAAAUAAUAAAAAUUAAUUAGAAAGCUGAAGAUUGUUUUUAGUGGAUGUAAAGAUCUCUUCUUUAUAUUUAUUGACCCAGCAUAAUGUGAAUCAGUGUUUACAUUUUUGAAAAUCCUUUUUAAGUUUUAUAUAAUUAAUUUAUUGUUUUAUAAAAAUAAUUUAUAUGCAAAAAUAUGUUAAUUUUUAAAGUAUUAUUAAAAUAAUUCCAAUUAAAUUAUGUGUUCCAAUAAAAUUAUUACGCAUUGCGAAAAUUAUUAAA